UCGACCUGUGGAGUCGUCCUAUGGAGUCGACCUGUGCCAACAAACAGCGCAUGGUAGUCAACGACUACCUCCAGAAUGUGGAGUGUUGUUUCCCGUAUGCUGGAGGGGAAUUGAGACAUCGCAUCUCGUUCCUAGUGAGUGACGAGCUCCCAAUGGAUAUGCUUCUAGGAAUGUACUAUCUCUUUGUGGCUCAGCCCCAGUUUGACAGGGACCGAAAAGUGGUCAAGCACACUUUGCCAGGUGGAGGGACCUCCAGAUUACACAAGUUCAAAGCUAAUAGUCUGAUCAAGUCCUAUGGAUGCAUGUGUGCGGCCGCAUUCUAUAAUUAUAAGCAAAAUCAGGAGGAGGGUAUGUACCUAGUUUAUGUCUCUGCUGGCGAGCCGGUGAAAAUGCCGCCGAAGAUAGAGGGAGUAGUUGCCAAGUACCCUGAUCUAUUUGAAGAGACGACAGGGGUUGUAGAGAGGGAGGUCGUCCACGCGAUAGAGAUUAUCCCAGGGUCUAGCAUCCCGAAGGGUAGGAUCUAUCGGAUGUCUCCAGGCGAGCUUGAUGAGCUUCGCCGACAACUCAAGGAACUCGUAGAGAAGGGUUGGAUCCGGCCGAGUGUCUCUCCUUAUGGAUCUCCAGUACUAUUCGUACCUAAGAAGGAGGGUACACUUACGAUGUGCAUUGAUUAUAGGGGCCUCAAUGCCAUCACUGUUAAGAACAGAGAGCGGCUACCGCGCAUCGAUGACCUGCUAGAUAGAGUGCAAGGGUGUCGGUACUUCAGUAAGAUAGAUCUGAAGUCUGGGUACCAUCAGAUUGCAAUUCGGCCUGAGGAUCAACACAAAACCGCCUUUCAGACCAGGUACGGUCUGUACGAGUUUGUGGUGAUGCCUUUCGGCCUUUGCAAUGCUCCUGGCAGCUUUCAGCACGCUAUGAAUCGGAUAUUCCAUGACUACGUGGAUAAGUUUGUCAUCGUGUACCUCGAUGACAUACUUAUUUUUAGUAAGACUGUUGAGGAGCACGUUGCACAUUUGGACAAAGUCCUCAGUCUCCUACGACAGCACAAGUUCAAGAUCAACGGUGAGAAAUGCGAGUUUGGCCGCACCCGUGUUUUGUACUUGGGUUAUGAGAUAUCCGCGGAAGGGUUAAAGCCCGAUGACGCGAAGGUGGCCAGCAUUCGUGAUUGGCCACGUCCUCAGUCUGUGACUGAGAUGAGAUCUUUCUUAGGAAUGACAGGCUACAAUAGGACUUUCGUUAAGAACUACAGUAUAGUGGCUGCUCCUUUGUCUGAUCUGACCCGCCUUGACACCCCACGGGAGUGGACAAAUGAGUGCGAGGCUGCUUUCAGACAUCUGAAGCAUGCGUUGACGCACUACGAGGUCUUGAAACUUCCUGAUCCUGAUAAGUCGUUUAUAGUCACUACGGAUGCUAGCCAAUAUGGCAUAAGCGCAGUACUUCCUGAUCCUGAUAAGUCGUUUAUAGUCACUACGGAUGCUAGCCAAUAUGGCAUAAGCGCAGUACUUGCGCAACAGGAGGGGAAAAAGUUAAGGCCACUAGAGUACAUGUCCAAAAAGAUGCCCUCUCAGAAGUUGGCUAAGUCCACCUAUGAGAAGGAACUCUAUGCGGUGUACAAGGCUUUGACCCAUUGGAGACACUAUCUCCUUGGGAGGUUCUUCAUCCUCAGGACUGAUCAUCAAACCCUGAGAUGGAUGAGAACUCAGUCGGUACUCUCUAACGCUCUCAAGCGUUGGAUCGAAGUCAUAGAGCAGUAUGACUUCGAGCCUCAAUAUAUCAAGGGCGAGUACAACAAGGUUGCUGAUGCCUUGUCGCGUAGGCCUGAUUUCUCAGGUGCGCUGAUUACUGAGUUUGGGCUUGAGGACAACGUUACUCAGUCUUUGGUGGAAGCCUAUCGCGAGGAUCCGUUCAUGUCUGAGAUCAUCCGCAGACUUGAGGCGAAGGACAAAGUGACUUCUGCCGAGCUUGAGUUGGUCAACGGCUUGCUGUUCCUUGAGAAGGCUGGGAAUAAACGUUUGUGUGUCCCGAAUAGCGAGUCUUUGCGUAGUUUGUUUUUAGGUGAGUGUCAUGAUGCCACCGGCCAUUUUGGGUACAAGAAGACCGCAGCUAAUCUGCGGCAACGGUUCUGGUGGCCCACAAUGAUGAAAGAUGCCCAGUUGUACGUGGAGACUUGUCAGGUUUGUCAGAGAGACAAGCCACGUACUCAGGCUCCUCUUGGGCUCCUGAAGCCCCUUCCGAUUCCGGAAAGGCCUGGUGAAAGUUUGUCCAUGGACUUCAUGGAUACACUGGUCACCAGCAAGAGUGGGAUGAGGCACAUUUUCGUUAUUGUGGAUAGAUUUAGUAAUUAUGCUAGGGUAGUAGCAAUGCCGGAAACAACAAGGAUGGAGUACGUGAUUAGAAUGUUUAAAGAGAACUGGGUCAGGGAUUUUGGUUUACCGAAAUCCAUUAUCAGUGACAGGAAUGUCUGAUUUACCAGCGAACUGUGGAAGACCGCUGCUGCUGAGCAGGGAACCCAGUUGCAAAUGACUUCUGGGAAUCACCCAGAGGCCAACGGCCAAGCCAAGCAACUGAAACGCGCUGUAGAACAUCUGUUGAGCCAUUACAUCAAGCCUAACCAGGUGGACUGGGAUGAGAAGCUUGCUCUCAUCGCCAGUCUGUACAACAAUGCGGUACACAGCGCCACUGGGGUGAGCCCGAACAAUUUGCUAUUGACUUUCAAGCCUAGACUACCCUUAGAUUUUCUCCUUCCUGAGAAUCAGUCAACUGCUGCACCAGGUACUUUAGAAUUUGCUUACCGUUAUGAACAGAAGAUGUAGAAGGCUGUAGAACAAACGCAAAAGGCACAG